GCAGCAGCAGCAGCAGCGGUUCGUGCCUAGCUGGGGGAGGCAGGCAAGGAGGCUCCAUGCAGGCGGGCAGCCCUCAGAUUAUUGUAAACCGAAUGCCCUUUGUGGAUAAAAGAUGUAUCAUGGAAUGAACCCGAGCAGCGGGGAUCCGUUCCUAGAGAAGCAGCAGCAGCAGUCCCCGGCCCCCCGGAGACUCUUUGUGGUGGUCUUGUGGCUUCAGCUGGCUCUGUGUUUCGGCCCUGCACAGAUCACAGGCGGAUUUGAUGACCCCCAUGCUUGUGCUGAUCCUGGAGUCCUUGAACAUGGAUACAAGACACCCAGUGCAGGUGUUUUCUUUGAAAGUGCUGUGGUCCGGCUUCACUGUCAAGAAGGAUACAGGCUUAAGGGUCCUUCAAAAAAGAUUUGUGUGAGACAUUUUAAUGGCUCCUUGAGCUGGAAACCAAGCGAUAAACCUGUGUGCCUACAAGAAGUCACAGAUUGCCUUGCUCCACAUGUUGAAGAUGCAGAGGUUCAUAACAAGACAUACAGGACUGGAGAUAAGUUAAUAAUCAGUUGUCAUGAAGGAUUCCAGAUCCGUUACCCUGACUUAGACAACAUGGUUUCAAUAUGUCAAGAUGAUGGAAUGUGGGAUAAUCUGCCCACUUGUCAAGGUUGCCUGAGGCCAUUGCUUCUUCCUCAUAGUUACAUUAACAUAUCUGAAUUCGAGUCCUCCUUCCCAGUAGGAACAGUGGUAUAUUACCAGUGCUUUCCAGGAUAUAAACUAAAGGGGACAGAGCUCCUUGAGUGCAUGUAUAACCUUAUCUGGUCACAUAGCUCACCUAGAUGCCUUGAUGUGGAAGUUUGUCCACUACCUCCAGUGGUGAUUCAUGGAGAUUAUAUUUGCCAUCCACGGCCUUGUGAGCAUUAUAACCAUGGAACUGUGGUUGAAUUCUAUUGUGAUCCUGGUUACACGCUUACCAAUGACUACAAAUACAUCACCUGCCAAAAAGGAGAAUGGUUUCCCUCAGCUCAAGUAUACUGUGUCAGAACAGAGCAAACGUGGCCAAAUACACAGGAAACCCUCCUGACUACAUGGAAAAUAGUGGCAUUUACUGCUACCAGUGUUCUGCUGGUACUUCUAUUGGUUAUUCUAGCCAGGAUGUUCCAGACCAAAUUUAAGACGCAUUUCCUUCCAAGAGGUGCCCAGGAGAGUUCCACCAGUGACCCCAACUUCGUAGUAGUGGAUGGUGUUCCUGUCAUGCUGCCUUCCUAUGAUGAAGCUGUGAGCAGUGGUUUGAAUUCCUUGGCACCAGGAUACUCAUCUCCUGCAGGCCAGGGGCAUGUUUUGCAGACAGAAGAUCAGAACCCUCCAGCUUAUCCCGGCCCAGGAGAUACAGACACAUUACCUGCUGAAUUUGAGAGCUGUGAUAGCAUAUCAGGCUCCUCCGAUCUUCUCCAAAGUUUAUAUUCAUCUUCUGUGUGCCAAAUGGGUGUGCAUCCUAUUUCAGAUAGAACUGAGGUGAUCAAUAGCACCACUGGGGAGGCUGCAUCCACAAGCCCAAGUAUCGAUAUUGCAGAUGAAAUUCCAUUGAUGGAAGAAGACCCUUAACCAGCACAACAUUUUUUCAUUAUAUGAUCGCACUAGGCAAAAUGAAUCAUGCACAUAUAUAUACAUACAGGUAAAGAGAUAAAAAGACUAUUUAAAGAUUUUUCCUAUUUUUUGAUCUUCCAUUUGAUGUCACCAGAUUGUGUGCACAUCUUAAUCAACUGUGUGGUUAGCAGCAUGAGCAAUUGAACAGCAGGUUUGUGAAAUGAAUCCUGGUGGUUUGAUGAGACCAUUUGUAAAAAAAAAAAAAAAAAAAAAGAACUGUGAAUUCUUGGAACUGAAAUAAACGUAUCUCUGCAUCGCAGGAAGUCGGAUGAUUCUGUGGAAACAUUGUUGAAUUUUGAUACAAGUACUAACUGCCUCACGAAAGCAUGUCAGAUUGUGUAGAUUUGCUUAUAAAGGCUGCUCUAUACUAUCUGUGGACCCUGGUUUAUGAAGGAUUAUUAUAUAUUUUUUUUAAAAUCAGUGUUGAAAUCUGAAAAAAGAAAACAAACUCCUUGGAAUUUCCUGUAUUAACCAGGUUUUUAAGAGGAAGCCAUUGUUUUAUUUCUUGCUCACAUCAUUUCAGACCUUGUCUGCAGAGACCAUAACAGAAGAGAUGCGACUCUUAUAAAUUUUGACAUUAAGAUAAAAAUAAAUAUAUCUGUAUCUAUCUAUCUAUAUAUACACUCUCACACACACACAUUCUUUUAAAGAAAAUUAGAAAGAAAGGGAAAGAUGAUCUGGAGCUUUUUUUUUUUAAGUAAAGUAGGAUUUAUAUAAUAUAUAAUGUUCAGGGUAAAGUAUCAAUAUUUGUAUUUAUGCAGCACUUCUACAUUACAUUUGAUAAAUCCUGUUAUUUAAUGAAUGGAUUUAGAAAGUGUUAAAAUAACAAGGUCAUGAUGAAGGAGGUGUUAAACGACUGUCUUGUUUCUCCAUUUCUUACACCAUCCCAUACAAAUAUACAUAGAUUUUUCUACCGCCAAAACCCAAAGCAUUACAGUGUCCUUACUGUAUGGGAUAGUACUCUGGGUCAUUACUGUACUAUACCAUAGUACCUUUUUAAAAAAAAAUAAGGGACAUUACAUGUAUUUCAGUGCUUUUCUGAGUCACCAGCUUGUAUCCAGUUGACCUUCAUAGAGUUUGUUAUUACUAAUCAAGUGCUCUGCUACCAUGUUGGCUUCCAUGCAGGAACAUUUGAAAGGAAAUAAGGAAAUGGAGUCAGCCUUAAAUGCACUCAUCAUGGGUACAAAUAGACACCGUGGUUUUGUUUAAAGAAAAUGCACGGUGCUCAGAGUGCUGUUGAAAUUGGAUUUCCUCCUUUGCAAGAAUGGAACAGCAGGCUUCCUGAUCCACUUGUGGCUCCAUUUCUCUCCUUCUCCUCAUGUGGAGCUGGGGCACAAUCUAACCACUGCAAACAAAUCCUGUAUCUAUGGUAUAUUCCUGGGGGAUUAUGUGAUACAUUAUUUGUAAGGAAUAUUCCUCCCUGCUUCAACAUGGCUAUUCAUUUGCCAAGCAAAUUUCCCAUCUCAUUUCUAGCAUGGCACAAGUGAAAUAAGAACCUUAUGUUAAGUUUACAAUGGUUUAAACAAUAACUCACUGUUAUCUUGACUGAGACAGAAUGUCAUCUGUGCAGGCUGGCUGAAAGAAAGAAAGCAAUAUAGCAAUUAAAUCUAGUUUUAACUGCAGUAGAACAAAUCAGAAGCAUUUCUGUUAUCAGUAGAGUCACUCCAGAUUACACUGUUAUUUUCAUUUAUUUAUUUAUUAAUUUGUGUUGUGAGAGCAGCUAGAGGCCCCAGACAUCAAUCAGGGCCCUAUUGUGCCAGGCGCUGUACAAACAUAGAAGGAGGAGAUGGUCCCUGCCCUGAAGAGCUUACAGUCUAACUAUAUGAUGAGACAGUAGGUGGAUACAGCAAACAGGGAGAGGGAGCAGUGUAACAUUGAGACAAUGGUUGUUAUGAUCUCAAUUGUCCCAGUCUAACUAAGAUCAGAAUCUCUAAAGCAUGGUGUUGAAAGGUAAGAGGCAUACAGUAUCAUCUUCCAUUGUUUGCUUAAAUGAGACCUGCAAAUUGCUUUGACAGUUCUCUCAGUUGUAUCAAUAUCUAUGAGAUUUCCUCCAUGCGCAGGCCAUUUCCACAGUAUCCAGCUGUGCUUGUAUUGCCAAUUGCUGGUUCAGUUUGCCAUCCCAGCAUAUAUACUGUGUGGGUGCCGUGAUAUCAAGCAAGGAAGACC